GCGCGACUCGGUCGGCUGCUGCUUGGGGUAGAAAAUUCAAAACCUAUCAGACCGCUCUACUCCCAAAAUCCAAUGGCGUUUUCAACAGUAGUUAAUAUAUUUUGUCAUUUGGUCAAUGUGCCUCUGGAUACCGGAGUUUUUUUUGUGGAAUAUUCAAAACCUAUAAGACUGCUCUAGCCCCAAAAUCCAAUCGCGUUUCAACACUAUAUAUUUUGUCAUUUGGUCAUGUGCCUCUGGAUAUCGGAGCUUGACUUCAGCGACACAGCGCCCUGCUCCCGCUUCUCUGAGUACUUGGCCGGCGAUCUCCGCCCAGUCUCUGAAUCCUUUGAUCAAUUUCUGGCGAAAAGGGAAGAAGAUUCAGAUGUCCAAUGAUGUGGAAAAUCCGAAAGAUGGCCAUGCCACAAAAGCAGGGCACGGUUUGAAUGUUCCUCCCUCAUCACCAGCCCUUGAAACCACCCAAUCAACCUGGUACGGUAGCUUGAUUCAGCAAGCCUCUGUAUAUGGCGUAGCUGCUGGGUACUGUAUUUCAGCAUCAUUGUUAUCUAUAAUCAACAAAUGGGCUGUCAUGAAAUUCCCUUAUCCCGGAGCUCUAACCGCAUUGCAGUACUUCACCAGUGCUGCUGGAGUGCUACUUUGUGGUUGGCUUAAGGUUAUAGAGCAUGAUAAACUUGAACUUUUAACUAUGUGGCGCUUCUUACCUGCUGCUAUCAUAUUCUAUCUAUCCCUUUUCACGAAUAGUGAGCUCCUCCUGCACGCCAAUGUUGAUACCUUCAUUGUUUUCCGGUCAGCAGUUCCUAUUUUCGUUGCAAUAGGAGAAACUCUCUGCUUGAAUCAGCCGUGGCCUUCAUUGAAGACAUGGGGAUCACUUGUAACGAUAUUUGCUGGUAGUGUGCUUUAUGUACUGACUGAUUAUCAGUUCACUGUUACGGCUUAUGCCUGGGCUUUGGCCUACCUUGUCAGCAUGUCUAUUGAUUUUGUUUACAUUAAGCAUGUGGUUAUGACCAUUGGUUUGAAUACUUGGGGACUUGUGCUCUACAACAAUCUUGAGGCUCUGCUAUUGUUUCCAGUGGAGCUAUUUAUAAUGGGGGAGUUGAAGAAGAUGAAGCAUGAUAUUUCUGAUGAAUCAGAUUGGUCCUCUUUUCAGGUGGUCCUGCCAGUGGGCCUGUCAUGUUUGUUUGGUUUAGCCAUCUCUUUUUUCGGGUUUUCUUGCCGUAGAGCAAUCUCUGCAACAGGGUUCACUGUUCUUGGCAUUGUAAACAAGCUUUUAACAGUUGUAAUAAAUUUAGUCAUCUGGGACAAGCAUUCAACAAUUAUUGGAACAGUUGGGCUUUUGAUUUGCAUGAUGGGUGGGGUUAUGUACCAGCAGUCUACGAGCAACAAGGCUAAUGCUGUUAAAGAAUCCAAGGCACAAGAAAGAGAAGAGGAACAGCAAAAGCUGCUUGAAAUGCAGAGCAAUGUGGAACAAAUAUCAGACUCGGGAGAACGAGAGUCAUGACUUGCUUGGUUAGUAAAUAUUAGGCAAUUAUGCUGCGUGUUGAGUUCUUUGUUGGUGCUUCAUCGAGGAACAGCUAUUUCUCAUUCCACUGUCUGGGCACUAAUAACUGUUGGGGCAGAGCAUUUAUUGAAGAAAUCUCAGCUAGAGAGGAUUAAAUAUCUGAGCUUGAUCUUGUCUAAGCUAUCUCUCUCUCUUUCUGAACACUCCUUUGUAUUGUUGAAGGGGAUGAAAGUUUCCUUGAAAUGUUGUCUUAAUAAUUGGCUGCUAAUUGUGGAAUUUUAUUCUGAGUCGGUAGGUCUCCGUUCUGCUAAAGAAACGAAAAUCCUAUGUUCUGCUGCUGAGUCUCUCUGUUCAAACCAAGCGAUAGAAAUGAAUUCAGCAGUUCAUAUUGCUGGGAUCAUGUUUUUGUUCUAUAGCAGAUCUGCUGUGUUCUUGUUAUGCUUUUAGGACUUGCAAUGCCCUGAGUGUUUUUACUCGAAGAGUCCAAGGUCAAAUACAGCAUUCAGUUUGUAAUCGUAGCUGAGGCACGCAAUUUUCAUUGUCCGUUAUGUUGUCAAGCUCUUGUUACUGCAUGUAAUUCUUAGUUUGAUUCGUCUCUAGAAUGGUUCAUGACCCGAAUGGGGUAGUUAAACA